GUUCCUCUAUGAAAAAGUGGUUCUUUGAAUCCACGCACUUUGUUUCUCUGCGAAGAGGCGGUCACCGCUGUUGGGUAGCCCCGUGCCCAACAUAAAUCUUAGGUCGCCGCUUUCACCCUCUAAGGUGCAUGGAAAUGAAAAACUCCGCGCCAAGGUGUCGCUGAGUUCGAGAGUGCUGGGCAAAUCGUGGCGACUCCUCUACAUCUUCGGCGUUCCCUUGCUGCUGCUUCCAGUGGCCAUGUAUGUUGAAGGAAAGGCAGGAUGGUGUGCAUACAUUCUCCUGUGGAUGGCGUUCUACUGGUCGGCCGAAGCGAUUCCACUGGCCGCUACGGCGCUGAUGCCCGUCUUCCUAUUCCCGCUUUUUGGCAUCCUGAAUUCGCAGAAAGUGGCUUCCUUCUACCUCAACGAAAUUGGCAUGGUCAUGCUGUGCUCUCUCAUCAUGGCUGGGGCUGUAGAGACGAGCAACCUACACAAGAGAAUAGCGCUGAAAUCGUUACUCGGAAUAGGAACAAGUAAUCUGAGGCUACUGCUGGGAUUUAUGCUGGUGACCAUGGCACUCUCCGUGUGGAUACCAAAUACAGCGUCAACGUCAAUUAUGGCGCCAAUCGUCAUUGCGGUCGUUGACCUCGUGCACACCGCUUCCUCCUCCGUGGAAGACGACGAGGAAGGUAAUGCGUCUGAAUGCCUUAACAAGGCCAAGGACAGUGCUCCGGUGCCUCAGCGCAAGCUUUCAAGUUCUCAGCUGACACGACAGAAGGCGCUGCUGACGACGAUGCUGCUAUCAGUGGCGUACGCCGCCAACAUCGGCAGCACGGGGUCACCGAUCGGCACCGGGCCUAAUUUGGUCCUGAAGGACCUUAUCGACGAAAUGUUCCCGAGUUCCACCGAAGUUUCUUUCGCGUCCUGGAUGCUGUACAACAUACCGACGAUGAUUCUUUGCGUCCUCGUCGCCUGGGCCUACCUCCUGCUUUCUUCCAUCCGAACAAUGCGUAGCUCAAGCCACUGCAUGGCACAGGAGAAAGUCCGGGAAGAGAUUGCCAGGCGGUACAACGAGCUUGGCCCACUUAGCUUUCCGGAGAUAUGCGUCAUGUUCCUGAUGGUUGUGAUGAUCCUGCUGUGGGUCACUAUGGAGCCACUGCUGCUUCCAGGAUGGGUGGACCUUUUGCCGUUCGGAAACGCCAUCAAGGCUUCCGCACCGGCCAUGCUGGUGACGCUUUUGCUGUUCUGCAUACCACGUGAUCCGAGGCAGCCGUGGAAGAGCGGACCCAUAAUAACGUGGCGCGAGGCCAGCGACCGGGCCCAGUGGGGUGUCAUGAUUCUCAUCGGUGGUGGAAUGGCUGCCGGUGAAGCCUGCAUGCAAUCCGGGCUCUCGUCACUUCUCGUCGAGCGUCUCAAGGGUCUCGAGGUGCUCCCCGAAGUGCUCACUGUGCUCUUGCUCUGCUUUGCGGCCUCCAUGCUGACUGAGGUGACGAGCAACGCGGCUGUCAGUUCCAUCCUCCUCCCUGUCGUCUGCAGAACGGCAGUCGCCCGGGGCGUUCACCCGCUGUACUUCGCCAUCCCGGUGACCAUCGGCUGCUCGUUCUCCUUCAUGCUGCCGGCGGCCACUCCGCCCAACGCCAUCGUCUACGACCUUGGCAAUCUGCGCAUACCCGACAUGGCGAAGCCAGGGCUUAUGAUGAACAUGUUGUGCUCCCUGGUAGAGACCGCCAUGAUCCACGCCCUCGGAGUCUACGUCUUCGGCCUGCAGUCCUUUCCCGAGUGGGCCAGGGAGAAAGAAUUGUCGCCCUUGCUGAAUGUCACCGACAGUCACGUACACACGUCGAUUUCAAUGGCACAGAACUACACAAAUGUACUUUCCGCUGUAACAGAACGAGCAAUAAUAUAACCAUCUAUUCGACGGAAAUGGUCUCGAGAAAUUCGCUAGACGUGCACGGAAAUGAGCCAUUAAUCUAUAGAGGUUAGAAGGCUCCAGCCUCUAUAAUUAAACCGCAAAUAACGAAUAAAGUCGCUUCCGCCAAUGCAGAAGAGUCAUCAGAAAAAAGAAAUCCUUUUCACCAACAA